UGAAGUGAAGUGACUAGAAGUGGAACGUGUAUGAUGUGUUCAGAGUAUGGAUGAGACCAAAACCAUACACAAGACCUGCGUGAGGGUCAACUCGGCUGACGAUGACGAGUCGAGGGACGAGGUCGACCAUGACUUACCAAAGAAGAAUCCUUUUGUGCGGGGCUCGGACCCUCGCGUGGCGACGUGCCGCGGCCGCCUGCAGACGCGCCGGUGCCAACUCAACCAGGAGAUCAACAAGGAGUUGCGUCUCCGAGCUGGUGCAGAGAACCUAUUUAAGGCUACAACGAACAGAAAGCUCAGGGAGACGGUGGCACUCGAGCUCAGUUUCGUGAACUCAAACCUCCAGCUCUUGAAGGAGCAGCUGGCUGAGCUCAACUCCUCGGUUGAGCUGUACCAAAGUGACAGCAAAGAAUGCGUGAUGCCGAUGAUCCCCCUGGGCCUGAAGGAGACCAAGGAGGUGGACUUCAGGGAGCCGUUCAAGGACUUCAUCAUGGAGCACUACAGCGAGGACCCGGCCACGUAUGAGGAUGCCAUAUCAGACUUCAUGGAUAUGAGACAGGCUAUGCGAACGCCAGUCCGCUCCACCGCGGGUGUGGCGUUGCUGUUCAAGUACUACAACCAGCUGUACUACAUCGAGAGGCGGUUCUUCCCCCCGGACCGAUCCCUCGGCGUCUACUUCGAGUGGUUCGAUUCGUUAACAGGAGUCCCAUCGUGUCAAAGAACAGUGGCUUUCGAGAAAGCUUGUGUCCUGUUCAACAUGGCUGGAAUCUACACACAAAUUGGCGCUAAACAGGACCGAAACACAUGUGCAGGCCUGGACGGCGCGGUGGAUGCGCUGCUCCGCGCCGCCGGCACGCUGCGGUAUAUCCACGAGAACUUCACCAACGCGCCGUCUGUGGACCUGGCUGCGGACACCUUGCUGGUACUGGGGGCGCUCAUGACGGCCCAAGCCCGCGAGUGCCUGUUCGAGAAGCUGCAACUACAAGCGCGCGAGGCGUGCGGGCGCGAGCGCGAGCUGCGCGACGACCUCGACAUGUGCCUCGACCUGGCGCAGGAGAGCGCGCAGCUGGCGCACACCUACACGCAGCUCUACGAGAAGAUGCAAUCCGAGGGUGUGUUCAACUACGUGCCAUACUCGUGGGUCUCCCUGGUCCACGUCAAGACUGAAUAUUAUAAAGCGCUAGCACACCAAUACUGUGCAACUGGUUUGCUGAACGCGCCAUCUGGUGUCAGGGCGCGGGAACGGCUCGCGGCUCUGUACUCGCCAGGCGGGGAUAGAAACGACCAGGAGUUGGACUACAUGGCGCUGGGACGAGCUCACCUGGUGGAAGCACUGGCCUUGUAUGAGGAAGCGCUGAGGCUGCAGAGAAUGUGCAGGGAACUCCGCGGCAAAGAGGCGUUAUCACGAGCGGUGCGGGCGGCGUUGGAACGCGCGGCGGCGGCGCGGGCGCUGGACGGCCGCGAGCCAGACUUCGCGGAGCUCAUCGACGCGCCGCACAUACUGCCAUCAUCGAAGUUCCAGCUAGCGCUGACUCCUCCGGACUUCGCCCAGCACCGCGUGGACGAGCUGUUCCGGCCGCUCGGGCCCAUCGCGGUGUUCUCGGCCAAGCGGCACUGGAGCGCGCCGCGGCUGCUGCAGCUGCAGAAGCAGGACAAGCGAGGAUCCAGAAGAAUACGGAACGGCCGCGACGAAUACACAGAAGACAAAUCAAGAAAGAGCGAGAAACGGGAUAGAUCAGAAGACAAUAGCACGUACUACAACCAAAUAAUCAGAAGCGACGAGAAAUACACAGAAGAAUACGACAAGAAGAAACUGCACAGGGUGAUGAAACAAAACGGGGUUUAUAUCAACAGUUACAAUAACAAUAAUAAUUACGAGUAUCAUCCGAAAGUGCUGGAUUACGAGUCCAAUUCGUAUAGGAAUAAUGUGAAUGAUACCUUCGUUAAGGAGAACGGUGUGAAGAAUGGCGAUGUUAAUGGCAAGCCUACCAAAAAUGGGAGGGAGAGGCGAAAAGGCGACCUGCGUCGGGUGGCCAGCGAAUACAACGUGUCGAACUCGAAGACGGACGACGAGGGCUUCGGAUUCUCAGUGAGGGGCGACGCGCCCGUCGUCAUAGCAGCCGUGGAGCCCAACUCCUUGGCUGAUAUUGGCGGUAUGCGUGAAGGCGACUUCAUAAUCUCCAUAGGCGAAAAGGAUGUCAAGUGGAGCUCCCAUGAGGAGGUGGUGCGACUCAUACAGCAGGCUGGAGACACCCUCACCAUGCGGCUCGCGACGCCCAUGGAUAAGAGCUUGUUGAAGGCGUCCCCAGAGACCCCUCGGCAGUCGAACUCCAACCAGGGAUCCGUAUCAGCAGCGUCGACAGCGUCCAGCGGUUCCACAGCGGUCACCGCGCGCUCUUCGGCGAGACGGGCGCCAUCUUGGAACCCGUUCCGACGUCACACAGCGCGCGACAACAGCUCGCAUCGCGGAUCGCAUACCAGCAACGUCAUUUUCAGAUAAUGUUUUUAGGGAGCUUAUGGAUCGUUUCAUCCACGAAGUCGCGCCCCACCAUUCUUCCGCUAAUGUUCGAGUGUUAUCGGUACACGCUAAAUUAUCCAUGAGUGCACACGCACACUACAAUAAUGACGCUCGGAUUGCUCGGAUUAAAUUCCCCGCACCCCGCGUUCCUUCGACCAAAAAUUGGUGGGGCGCGUCUUCGUGGAUGAAACGGUUACACAUUGCAGCGGUAUAAACGCGCGUUUUACAGUCGCGUGUGUGUAAAGACAUGUUUUGCGACUGUAUCGAUGCUGUAAAAAGUCGCAAUGUAAAAGGACCUCUAUCGGUGCACAGUGGGUUAGCAGAGAUGUCGGGCGAAAAAAGUCUUCUAAGGGCUGAUUUUUCGAUCGUCAGAUAUCUAUGUAUUAACUAAAGAAUAAAUCUUGUCCUUUUGACAUAUUUCCCAAACUGUCAAUGUACCAAACUUCUUCAGUUAAAAGUUAUCCGACGAUUGAAAAAUCGGCACUAAGUUCUCUAGACAAACUUUUCCAAUAAAAAUUAAAUAAGAUUCUAGUACUGAAAUUUAAUUCAGUUACUUAAUUGAACUAAGUUUCAGUGAUAGAAUUUACUUUACGAACGUUAUCAAGGUAGGCAGUAGGUACUUACAGAUUUCAAACCACAGAUUUUCAACAAAAAGUCGAGGCAAUGUCUAACAGAGCACAGACAAGCUUUAAAUGCAUGAAUAACAGCAUUUUUUUAGGCUAUGUAAAUAAUAUUAAUAUUUCUUGACUUGGUCUGUCUUUUUAAUAAUUUUACAAGAAGACAGAUUACAGGACAAGGACAACGUUAUCUGUGCUGUUUGAUUUUCCCGCGUAAAAAGUCGGUGCGCCAUAGACUAAAAUACUUUUUAUUUUUAAAUCAAACUAAAGUUGCUGCCUACUGCAUUGGAUUGAGAAGAAAUGUUAUUGAUGACAUAAUAUUCGCCGAAUCGCUUGCAUCUCAGCUUAUAGUAAAUGUGAUGUAGAUACGAAUCUUUACAUAGAUAGCUAAUGGAUAGACUGCCUUUAUCCGUAGUAUUUAGGUAGGUAAGAACACUAUCUUUUAUUAACGAAAUCUUACCAUCACGUUAUCAAUCACUGUGCAUACGUUAAAAAUUCAUUCCCGCCAGCUUUCAACAGAUGGCGUUAGUCAUACGAUAGCCAUUGAGCUUUGUUUUUUGUUUUUAGCUAUUUUAAUACUUACAACGCCAUCUGUUAUCUAGAUUGCGUAUUAGUGUUAAAGAUUCAAUCCCAAACACGUUAUAGAUUAUAUUCCGUCUCUAUUUAGUAUUAAACUGCUGAAAGUGUGAAAAAGAUCAUGAUUCCACAACAAGGAAAACGUUUUUGUUAUUAUAAAGUAAAAUUAAGAAAAUAAUUUGGAUUAAAACGAUUUUUUCAUGUCGCGUGUCGUGGAUUCUGAACAGAAGCUGUGCUCUGGCAUACGCAACUAUUAUAUAUUUAGGUUCCUAAAUAUAUAUUUAGAUUAUGGGGACCUAAUCUCGGCUAUGAUGUUCCAAAGGGUUAUAAUAUAUCUUAUCUAUAUCUUUAUUGUUACUGUUUUUAAGUUUAUCUCUCUUUUUUCGUUGCAAAGUUAAUAAUAUAUCUUGGAGCACGUACUUAAUACCUUAGUUUUACUUGUAAAAAAUACCUUUCAUUAUUUCCGUAGAAAUUAAGUUAUUUUAAUGAAUUAUAUCUAAUGAUGUUACGGCCAUUCCUUAUUUUUCUCAUGUAAUUCACUUAUCUACACUAGAACUAUUGUUUGUUUAUAUUAAGAAAGACAUACAUUUUAAUAAAUUACUUCGUCUCUUACAUACCUAAGUAUGCAUAUGAAACUAUUUAAAAAAACUCCUCAUCUUUGCCUGCUUUCCAUAAUCAAACCCAAUCCAAAUCCGUCAACUUUCAAAUUGCAAUCUGUUUUUGGUCAAAAUAUCCACAUUUUCAAUGCUUUUACAUUUUCAUAUAGUUUUUACGACUAUGUAAGUCGAUGAAGCACAUUAUGUCGUACCCUGAGUGUCCGAGCAACUGCACUCAGGAUUUAAUGAAUGCUGCUGACAACGCCACUCUUGUAUCGGAGUUUUGGGCUGACACUAUGUAGGUUUUUUGUCGACACUUUAAGAAGAAGAAGAAUGUAAGUGUAAGUAAAAGCAUCGAAAAUUGUGGAUAUUUGAUCGAAAACGGAUUGGAAUUGCCAGUUGAUGACGGAUUUUGAUUAGGAUUAAUUAUGGCAAGCGGGCAAUAACGUUCUUGUGAUGGUAAACGAUGCAACCAUUGCUUUCAUAUUAUCUUUUCUCCACACUUACCUACUUGGUUUACGGAGACUGUCGCUUCUUUAUUUAAUUUUAAAAGACGUGCACAGUUAUGUUUUGUUUGAAGGGUUGGUUUUAUUUCACUAUUUUUUAUUUUAUAAACGAGGCAGGUUCUUCAACAUAUCAUUUUAUUAUUAUAGUAAAUAUCUACUAAACACAAUCGCUAGCAUUAUUAACUAAAGACUAAAAAUAAUGCUUAAAACCACAAUUUAGUUUGGUUGUUGUUUUGGAGAUAGUACGUAUUUGAGUUUCGAUGUCACAAUAUAUUCUUGUUAAGUGUCUAACAGUAUUUUAAUUAUUAUACGAAAUUGUCAUGAACUGGUUGCGAUUGAAUAAAAAAGCUAUCGAUCCUUUUUUUAAUUGAUUGAUCGCAACCAAAAAACGAUUAUAGUUUGUAGGUUAAUUGAAUACUAUAAGACUAUGGAAAUUGUAAAAAGUAAAUAAGAGUGAAUAAAAUUAAAAGAGUGUAUCUAUGUAAAAAAUAUACUACAGUUAUGAUUGUAUAAAUUGUUGUAAUGUAAUCUUGGUAAUCAAUAAAGGUUAUUUAAAGGC